AUGGAGGUGCUCCUACUCUGCCUGACCGCAUCAGGAACCCCCUCCCAGCCGCACAUCUCAUACGAGGUCCUGAAGACGGAGCCCGGUCACCGGCUGGUCAGAAUUUCCUGCCGCUCGUCCCGGGGAGCCCUGCCCAUCAACUACUUCCUGGUGGGCGGCCUGAUGGUCACGGCCACCAACAAGACCGUGGCCCGCCCGGUCCCGGCCUUCUUCCAGGUCCGAGUCAGCCUUAAAUCUCGGCCGGACCUGCUGACCUACCGGUGCCGGGCGGUGGGACCCUCCGGGCAAGAGGCCCUCAGCUCGCCUCUGCAGCUGUACUGGGAGCUGUGGGUCAAGAGCGGUGUGCGAGUGUCCCAGCCCCAGGCAAACUUCACCUUGGUGGGCGAAGGAUCACCCCCACGGGUAGAGGUGCUGUGCCAGGCAUCCGAGGGCACCCCUCCCAUCACCUACAGACUCCUCGGGCAGGAUGGGCAUGUGCUGUUCGAGAAAACCCCUCCCCUGGGGACUCCUGCCAACUUCUCCUUGCCAAUGGCCCAGAUGUCAGGCCGGUACCGGUGCCAGGCGGAGAAUGUCUUCGGGGCUCAGUACAGUGCCGUCAAGCUGGUGCCUCCAGGAGAGCUGCCCCGAGCCCCCGUCUACCUGCUGUCCGGGAGCCUGGUUUCCAUCUUCUCCACCUCCCUCGGUGUCAUCCUAUGGACCAGAGUAAGAGGGACCCGGUGAGAUCACAGCCCUAAGACGCCCCGGCGAGCGUUGAGCCUGGGCUUUCCUGACACGCCAUCGUCAUCGUCACCUUCAUCCAAACAUCUCCCCGGAGAGCCCGGAAAUGUCCGUGCCGAUCCACAGCUUCCCUCCCGAUCCCCCUUUCCCAGCUGACGAGACUUAAGAUGUCAGAGAUCUGUGGGGGCCUCAGCUAAUACACACAAAAUUAUUAUUA